CAGCGCAGGUCAGUUGUGGUGUAACUGGGAGGAGGAGUGCCUGCCUUGAUAAAACAAUUUUCUCCGGCGACUUACUCUCGAAAGACGGAAGAACAAUAAAAUAAACGCAAGAAGCGAAGGUAGAAUGAAAAACCUGUGAACUACACGCGAAGAGAGGCUGGUUCAGGGACGUCUCUCACAUUGUUUUGAAGGCCUGUUGCUAGCUUCGGGGAAUCCUCGGGCUACCCCGGUAGACACCGGGCCGAGAGAGCGCAGGGGGCCGGGACAGGAGCUCCGUGGGCUGGUUUUGUCGACCAGGUUUAACUGCCGCCGGCUGCGCUAUCCUACUAUCAAACAAAGACGUAACCUUUCCCGCUCCUCCGUGGCGGAUAUUAAUAAGCAUAACUCAAGACGCUGUGUGUUUGACAGUUAGCUAACAUUAGCUCACCUGUGUUUACAAGCUAACUAAGCCAGAUCCUCUGAAGAAGUUGGCACUUAGAUGUAUUUGUUUCAGUUAGGAUUUACAUAUUUGGGUGCUACCACUUGCCUGUUAGCUGGUGGCGAUUUGUAACCUUGUUCUACGCCUGUUCUCGCCGACUGAAGGUCGCCAGCCAGGCAGCUCGAUCAAAAGGUCCCCUAGCUAAGGUUAUCACAUCUUCAAGCUUAUCUGCUGCUGCCCAAAGUUUAUUUGUUUGCACAGAAGGAACAGAAUUUCAUGAGUUGAUUACCAAAGCUAUCUGCAACCAGUCGAAAGACAGUAUCCCGGAUGAAGGCUGACAGAGAGGUGUGGAUUUUGAUGCUGUCAGGACUUACAGGUGUCACCUGUUCUCCUCGGCAUUGUUAAUCUUACACGGGGAUCCAACAUCUGCUGCACCAGAAGCACCUGAUCUGCUGUUUCGCUCUCUUGAGCUGAUUUGCUCAAGAAGGAUCCUCUCCAACACAGACCACAAUGAAUCGUUACCUGCCGGUGGCCCGACAGCACUUCCUGGCUGCCCUUGCCAGCACCAGUGUGGUGGUAAAAAGUAUAAGUGCUGUGGUGGUUCUCCUCUAUCUGUUGUCAUGGGCUGUUGACACUCCAUACGCACUGGGGGUGACUCCAGGCUACCUCUUUCCGCCCAACUUUUGGGUGUGGACACUGGUUACCCAUGGGGUGGUGGAGCAGCACGUCUGGGGUGUGGCAGCCAAUGUAGGGACAGUCAUGGCCUGUGGGCGCCUGUUGGAGCCUCUGUGGGGCGCCCUGGAGCUCCUGAUCUUUUUCGCAGUGGUUAAUGUCUCUGCAGGCCUCCUGGUAGGCCUCUCCUACCUCCUCACCUAUGUUGCCACCUUUGACCUGGACUACCUGUUCGAUGUCCGUGCCCAUGGAGCAGCCGGGUUCCUGGGAGGUGUCCUGGUGGCGUUGAAGCAGACCAUGGGGGACACUACAGUGCUCAGAGUGCCACAGGUGAGACUCAAAGCAGCCCCGGCUUUGGUCCUCCUCCUCCUGGCCUUACUGCGUCUGUCCGGGCUGCUCGACAGUACUGCCCCCCUGGCGGCUUACAGCUAUGGCGCCCUGUCCGGCUGGGUCUACUUGCGCUUCUACCAGAGGCACAGCCGGGGCCGCGGGGACAUGUCGGACCACUUUGCCUUCGCUAGCUUCUUCCCUGAGGCGCUUCAGCCGGCCGUGGGGCUGCUGGCGGGGCUGGUCCAUGCUGCCCUGGUGAAGAUGAAGGUAUGCAGAAAAAUGGUGAAGAGAUACGACGUGGGGGCACCCUCCUCCAUCACUAUCAGCCUGCCAGGGACAGACCCACAAGAUGCAGAGAGGAGGAGACAACUGGCCCUGAAGGCUCUCAACGAGCGUCUAAAGCGCGUGGAGGACCAGUCUGCAUGGCCCAGCAUGGACGACGAGGAAGACGACGACGAGGAUGAGGUCAGAACCGAUACACAGCCGCUUCUCCCAGGUGGGCGCGACCCCUCCACCUCCACGCCGAGACCAGCAGGGGGACCCGUCGGCGGCUCCCUCUCCUCCACAUCAUCAUCACAGAGUGGCGGAGGGCCAUCAACAGGCGGUGCGCAACACCCAGAGUCCAGCAUUAUCAGCUUUGAGGACGCACCCUCUAGAUCGUAACAAAUAGAACACGUGUAAAGAUUUGCACGCUCUGUUCGGUGUCACUGGCAGGUAUACUAGUGUAUUCAGCGUCCCUGACUAGUAUACGAAUAUGUUCAGUGACAGUGAGUAGGUAUACACUCGAUAUCACACACGCCAAUACACACAACACCUGUUCAUACACACGACCGUGCACUCACAAACACACUGUCAAUGUCAUCAUGAGGCCCAGUUGGGGUGUUAACUGUACAGUGCUUUCAGUUCAGACAUGUUGGUUGUAAAUGCUCAGUGUAGUUGGGCAAACUGGACACUUAAUUCUUCUCUUCCUUCCUGCAUACGACCGAAAUUGCAGACUAGAAAUUCUGUCUUUUGCGGACUUGACCCCAACUCACAGAGCUCGGUCCACUGCUUCAUGUGUCUCUUUCUCUUGCUUUCUGAAUAAAUAACAAAAUGGGUGUACAA